AUGGGGCAACAUGCUGAUCUUCCUGUCCCUUCCAUCUCUGUGACUCCCAGUAGGGUGGUUGCUCCAGGGGAAAAUGUUUCCAUCCACUGUAAGGUGAAGGAGAAUUUAGGUGGAUGCCUCUAUCUUGUCAAAGUUCAUUAUGCAGUGCAGAAGAUUGUAGAAAUCAAGGAGGAAAAACAUUUUGAAGAACCAUUUUUGAUUGCCAAUGUCAGGCAAUCUAAUGCGGGGAUCUACUGGUGUAGAUAUUGUACCUGUGGUCCCUCCAGCUGCUCCGAUUUCAGUGAGGCAGCCUAUGUCAACAUCACAGAUCCUGGCCUGGACAAACCCUCAUUGAUAAUGACAUCAAGUGGGCAGAACAGUCCCGGUGGGAACGUCACCCUAAAGUGCCAGGGGCCACAAGAAGGACUGGCCUUUGCCCUUCUGAAAUCGGGCAGCCAGAUAGCAUUUCAGGCAGCAGAAGCAGGGAGAGACACAGCCGAGUUCCUUCUCUGGAUGCCGAGCCUGAAGGACGCAGCAAGCUACACCUGCCAGUAUCACCACACAAGCAAUUCCUUUGUCUGGUCAGAGCCAAGCAACCCUGUGAAGUUGGAUUUUAGAGCUAAGUGGGAAGAUGGGGGACACACUGAAGACGACCAGCAAAGAAAAGAUGGAUCAAUGAUCAUCAUUUGGGCAUGCAGUGCCAUAAAGUUGCUUCUUCUGGGAUUCCUCCUACUGUUUGCCUUUGUAUUGUACAGAAAAAGGAGAAAGAAUUAGACAAUCUCUGGGUGAAUGUUCUUAUUCACCCGGUUUUA